AUGUUAUAUAGAUCGAUAUUGUUGCUAUAUGCCGCUUGGAUAGCGCUUGUUCGAGCAGAUAGCUGUCCCCCCUCGGAGGCCAUAUUGCCGUGUCGUUGCUCGCUGCGUGGCAAGGAGAUACAGAUAUGGUGCUCCCAUAGCAAUCUGCCACAGAUUAUGGAUGGUCUUAAGUCCGUGGAGCGUAAUAUUAAAACGCAAAUUGAUGAGUUGGUGCUGGAGAAUAAUCAAUUGCCGGCGUUACCAGGUCGCUUCUUUGGGAAUCUACAGAUUGUCCGACUGAUGCUUAGAUACAAUAGCAUCGAGCGUGUGUCCAAUGGUUGGUUGAAUGAGUUGGAGAACAGUUUGGUCGAGAUAUUUAUAGUUGAGCCGCAGCUGAGGAGUAUUCCCGCCGAGAGUUUGAAUGGCAUGAUCAAUAUGCUGGCUAUAACCAUACAGAGCGAUGAACUGAAGCAUUUGCCGGAUUUCUCGGGACUCCUCAGUCUCACCUAUCUGAGUGUCCAGAGUGCAUCCUUGACGGAGCUGCAAGCGCACAGUUUUCGGCAUCUUCCCAAACUGCAACACAUUCAUAUUACGGGAGGAUCGGGUUUAACCCGACUGGAGGCGGGUCUCUUUGAUGGUUUGAUAUCGUUGAAGAAUCUCGAUUUGAGUCGGAAUGGUCUGAACUGGAUACACUUGCGUGCCUUGACCAGAUUACCCAACUUGGUCAGUCUCAAGCUCUCCCACAAUCAGAUCAGCGAUGUGGGCAUGAUCGGACGCAUUGUCAAGGAUUUGGAGCAUCUGAAGAAGCUGCGAUUGGAUCACAAUAUCAUCAAUGUCAUUGAGGAUGGUUCCUUUGUGGAUUUACCCAAUCUCUCCGAGCUGCAUCUCAAUGAUAAUCGCAUUACGGAAUUGCAAUACGGCGCCUUUCUACGUACGCCUCAAUUGAAGACCAUUUACCUGCACAACAAUCUUAUAAGGCGUAUACAUCCCGAAUCGUUGCUCCAGGCGUCCGGCAGUGGAGUGGAAGCUGUCCACAUCUAUAACAAUGAGAUUGGAAAUGUGGAGGCACUGAGAGCUUUGCUGGAUGCACUGCCCACACUGAGAUUCCUCGACAUGAGCAACAAUCAGCUGAGUGAGCUGCCCUAUGGUGCAUUGCGUGGCCAUGGCACACUGGAGCAACUGCAUCUGAACAACAAUCAGCUGCGUCUGAUCGAACGGGAUGCCUUGAUGGCGAUGCCCGCUCUCCGAGAGCUGCGCAUGCGCAACAAUAGCCUCAGCUCGGAGUUGCCGCUGCCCUUCUGGAAUCUGCCGGGUCUCAAGGGCUUGGAUCUGGCCCAGAAUCAGUUUGAACGCGUGGAUGCACAGCUCCUGGCGGGCUUACCAUCACUGCGGCGUCUCGAUCUCAGCGAGAAUGGCCUGACCGAGUUGGCUGCCAAUAGUUUUCGACAUAAUAGUUUGCUGGAAACUCUUAACAUAUCCUCCAAUGAGCUGAGUCAUCUGCAUCCUGGCACACUGAUGCAUCUGGAGCGUCUCUUUGAGGUGGAUGCCAGUUUCAAUCAGUUGUCCACGAUGAUUGCCGGCCUGCCACACAUUGUGGAGCGCAUCUCGUUGCGUGGCAAUCGGAUUGGAUCGUUGCCCGCCGCUGGCAGCAAGUCCCUGCAGUUGCCCAAUCUGCGUAUGCUCGAUCUCAGCCAGAAUCGCAUUGAGAAGCUGUCACGUCAUGGUUUCCAGUCGGCUCCGGAGCUAAGGGUGCUGAGUCUGGCCCAGAAUCAGCUGCGUCAGCUGGAGGACACCUCGUUCAUUGGCAUCCAGCGGCUGGAGUUGCUCCAUCUGCAGGACAAUCAACUGGGACAGGCGGAUGAACGUGCUCUGUUGCCUCUGGCCGAGCUGCGUAAUCUCAAUCUGCAGUCCAACAAACUGGAGUCCAUCACGGACAACUUCUUCUCGAACAAUAGUCGAUUGGAGCAGUUGGAUUUGUCCCGCAAUCUCAUCCGUAGCAUCUCCCCGACCGCCUUUGACAAUCAACGCGCCCUGGAGUACUUGGAUCUCUCGGGGAAUGCACUGCUCGACAUCUCGGUGGGUCUGGGCAACCUGCACAGUCUGCGGGAUGUCGAUCUAAGCUACAAUCAGAUCUCUCGUGUCCACUCCGAUGUGGUCAAUGCCUGGCGCAAUGUCGUCGAGAUGCGUCUGUCCAACAAUCUCAUUGUGGAACUGCAACAAGGAACCUUCCGCAAUCUGCCCAAGCUCCAAUAUCUCGAUCUGAGCAGCAAUGAGAUUGCCAGCGUUCAACCAGGUGCCCUCAAGGGUCUUCCCGAACUCCAGGAGUUCGUCCUGGCUGACAACAAGCUCGUGGAGCUCAAGGAUCAUGUCUUUGAGGAGCUUCCCUCCCUGCUCGCCUCUCAUUUUCAGUACAACAAACUUCGCUACAUAUCUCCAGAGAGUUUUCAUCAUGCCAAUUCGCUGGUCUUCCUGAACUUGUCUAACAAUCACUUUCGCAACAUGGAAAACAUUGGAUUGAGGAGCAUGCGCAACCUUGAGGUUCUAGAUCUCUCCACCAAUGGAGUUAAGCUCGUUUCUACCAUGCCUCUCAAGGCACUCAACUGGCUUGUGGAGCUCAAGAUGGAUAACAAUCAAAUAUGCCGCAUACAGGGUUCUCCUUUUGAGACCAUGCCCAGACUGCGUGUGUUAUCCAUGCGAAAUAAUCAGCUAAGAACCAUUAAGGAGCGCACCUUUAGAAAUCUGAGAGGAAACAUAGCCAUUUUUGAUGUGGACGGUAAUCCCAUUGAUUGCAAUUGUGAGAUGCAGUGGCUCUCCGUCUGGCUGCAGGAAACCAAUUUCCCCUAUCCAGGACCCAAAUGUCAGGACGGACGUCUGCUAAGAGCCGCAAGAAUGGAGCGUAGUCUGUGCGUGGGUCUGGAGCUGUUCAAUGGAGGCGACAAUAGUGAACGCACCGAGGGGAAUCAUCUGCCGCUGCUGAACGAGCAUGGGGAUGUUUUUCAGCGUGAUCUUCCCGAGGAUUUCAGUGAUGAGUGCGAGGCGAAUGGAGAGCGACCGAUGGUGGGUGAAAGUGAGUACUUCUAUGAUCAGUAUGUGGACUCCACGGAUGUGCCCGAUGCCAGCAAUGCGGUGGACAGCAGCUCUCAACGUCCCAAGCCAGCGCCGGCUACGAGUGGAAGCAUUGAUCUGAACAAUACGCUGCUCCACACCAAAUACUUCAAUAGGCGACCACAGCCGGCUCCUGGAGCUGGUUCACCCUUCACCUUCUUUGGCUAUCCCAUACCCAGUCUAAGUCUGGGACGCUUCUUUGGCUUCGGCGAUCGGGGGAGGAAACAGCGUACAGAUCAGGAAGAUGAUCAGAUGCCCGCCACGCACCGAAUGGCGCACAUCAAUCUGCCCAGUGGGCGUGGCAAGACAAGGAUGUAUCAACCGAAUAGCGCCGAGUUUGAAAAAUAUCUGCGGGAGCAACAACAACAGCAGCAGCAGCAACAACAAGAACAACAACAGAAUCCUCCUAACAUACGCAGUCGCUAUAUGGAGACGGAAGCCACCACAAACUCUGGCGAGGAGGCGCUGAGUAAUGAGAGUGGAGCGGCCACAACUGCGGGAGUUUUUCGUACCACAUUUCGGGAACCAGCGAGCAUUGAACGAGGCGGCUUUCGACCCAUUGUGCCCGCCCAUGUGGGUGGUUUUAUGCCUGUCCACGAUCCACAGCAGCGUCGUGGACUGGUGGAGCCAGUGAACGUCACCAGCAAGCCACACAUGGAGCGUCACUUUGUGCCCAUUGCGGUGCGUCAGGAGCAGAUACAGGCACGUCCCAAGCCCACCAGCAGCAGCUCCGAGAGCAGUGAGUCCGCCACCUACUACGUUACCGAAACGACAGCCGAUGUGACCACACAGACACCACUCAUACAGAGCACCAAACCACUAGGACCAGCAAGCACCACAACUCCAACAACAACGACAGCGAGAGCUGCAACAAGAACUACGACAACAGAAGCCACCACGAGUAGCGCAUCCAGCGAGCUACAGACUGAGGAUUCACAGUACGACGAAGAUGAUCUGGAGGCACAGUCGGUAACGCUGUUGCGUCCACCACAACUGUUGCCAACGACAACCGCCGAGACAAUAUUGUUGAUACCGCCACCAGAGGAGCAUGAGGCGCAGCUCAAGAGUCACUUCUGGCUGACGAGCACCACAACAGAAGCACCUGGCGAUUAUCAGGCCACGCCCAGUGGAAGAUCUAUUGCGGCGCCAACACGAGGAGCUGCAGCUGCUGCAGUGCGUCCGCCUGGCGGUCGCUCGACCAUUACCAAGGUGUUUACACCGCACCAGCAGCUAUCACAGCCCACGGCCGAGGAGUAUCAGCGCACCACGCCGAGUGCUGAAAAUGAGAGCUUUGCCAGCGAGCAGCAGCUGACGGCACGGCAAGCACAGAAGCGCACGGACACGUUGUCCGAGCUGCCGCCACCAGUGGAGCGUGCGGAGCGCAAGGAUGGCAUGGACUGGUACUAUGAGAGCUUCAAAAAGAAACGAGAUUUCACAGAACACGGUGGUGCAGUUCGAACGGCGGCCAACAAGGAGCUGACUUAUGGCAAUGUUGGGCCAGAUUUCAAUGGUAGUCACAGUAGGAGUCAUCCAGGCAAAGGGGGAAUCACCUGUCUGCUCCUCUUCAUAAUGCUGUGGAAUUGUUAA